CCCUGCUGCGAAAGGGCGGGGGUAGAGAGCCUGCAGCCACCGGGAAAUACCCCGAGUAACCCGAGGCCCGCAGGGACUGGGGCCGCAGGGGUGAGGAAAGGGAGACAAGGACCAGACAGGUCCUGAAAAAUCCAAGAAAAGGGAGGAGAGGAGGGGAGUGCCCCAAGAUGGGAUGUAGGAUAAAUAAAAGAAUCUAAUAUUUUCUGAAGGCAAAUUAUACUGCAGGCAUGGUGCUGGAUACUCUCUUAACACUGUGAAUUGAGCACCUUUACCUUACUCCACCUUGUAGAUGAAAAACCUGAGGCUCAGAGAGGUCAAAAAACUUAAUCAAGACCACGCAGCAAAUGAUGAUGUUCCAAAAACCCACUCUUUUUCCACCGGCAUGGUUUCCUGGGGUCUCUACUCUGGGGAUGAGGAGGAGGCAUACUCAGCUGAGCCGCUGCCAGAGCUCUGCUACAAGGCGGAUGUCCAGGCCUUCAGUCGCGCUUUCCAACCCAGUGUCUCCCUGACUGUGGCUGCGCUGGGCCUGGCCGGCAAUGGCCUAGUCCUGGCCACCCACCUGGCGGCCCGACGCGCAGCUCGCUCGCCCACCUCCGCCCACCUGCUCCAGUUGGCCCUGGCCGACCUCCUACUAGCACUGACCCUGCCCUUCGCAGCAGCAGGGGCUCUCCAGGGCUGGAGUCUGGGAAGUGCCACCUGCCGGGCCAUCUCCAGCCUCUACUCGGCCUCCUUCCACGCCGGCUUCCUCUUUCUGGCCUGUAUCAGCGCCGACCGCUACCUGGCCAUCGCGCGAGCGCUCCCAGGCGGCCCGCGGCCCUCCACGCGCGGCCGUGCGCACUUGGUCUCAGUCAUCGUGUGGCUGCUGUCGCUGCUUCUGGCGCUGCCUGCACUCCUCUUCAGCCGGGACGGGCAGCGGGAAGGCCAACGACGCUGUCGCCUCAUUUUCCCCGAGGGCCUCACGCAGACGGUGAAGGGGGCGAGCGCCGUGGCGCAGGUGGUCCUGGGCUUCGCGCUGCCCCUGGGCGUAAUGGCAGCCUGCUACGCGCUGUUGGGCCGCACGCUGUUGGCCGCCAGGGGGCCCGAGCGCCGGCGUGCGCUCCGCGUCGUGGUGGCCCUGGUGGCGGCCUUCGUGGUACUGCAACUGCCCUACAGUCUCGCCCUGCUGCUGGAUACGGCAGAUCUACUGGCUGCUCGCGAGCGGAGCUGCCCUGCCAGCAAGCGCAAGGAUCUGGCUCUGCUGGUGACCAGUGGCUUGGCCCUCGCCCGCUGCGGCCUCAAUCCCGUGCUCUACGCCUUUCUGGGCCUGCGCUUCCGCCAGGACCUGAGGAGGCUGCUCCGGGGCGGGGGCUGCAGCCCAGGCCCUCACCCCCGCGGCGGCUGCCCCCGCCGGCCCCGCCUUUCUUCCUGCUCCGCUCCCACUGAGACCCACAGUCUCUCCUGGGACAACUAGGGCUGCCAAUCUAGAGGAGGGGGCGGACUGAGGAGACGAUUCCAGGAGGGUACCGGGAAAGGGGAGUAGGUGGGGGGAAACUAAGAAAGAGGUAGAGACCUAAAGGGAUUGCUUCUGUGCCUUGCCACAUUAAAUUGAUAACAUGGAAAUGAGAUGCAAC